GAGAUCUGGCAACCCAGCAGAGUCAAUGCACCUUGAGCUUUGGUGGUAAUAAUAACCUGCUUUUCCCCCUUCAUCACCAGCAGGGUUAUAGAGCUCCAGCAAGGAGAAAGAAAGGGAGCGACAGUUAUAUACCAGCUAUGCCGCGUAGAUAGAAGCUGCGUGACUGAAAAGCGCAGAAAUGAGCGACGCGAAAGGGCCCGCAACACGCAGGAGGAGGACCACCACCUCCGGUAGUGGAGGAGCGGGCAGCGUGAAACAAGCCAACGGCACCAAGGUGCAGGAUGCAGGGGGGAAACCUCCUGUGGGUUCUGCUGCAGCCAAACCAGCGGCUUCCAAGCAGCGCAGCAAUGGGAAUGUGGACAGAGAGGAGUCAGGGAGAAAACAGGAGCCUCAGUCCAGGAGCAGCCAGAGGAGUGCUGUGGAAGACAUCAACGACCAACUCAGCUGCCACGUUCUUCAGGAAUCUCUCCUGAGCUCAGCCAGCGGCUAUAGCAACUACAGAGGAAUCCUUAACUGGUGUGUCGUCAUGCUGGUGCUUAGUAACGCGCGACUCUUCUUGGAGAACAUUAUCAAAUAUGGCAUUCUAGUAGAUCCAAUCCAAGUAGUGUCUCUUUUCUUAAAGGACCCUUAUAGCUGGCCAGCAGCCUGCCUAAUAAUUGGGUCCAACCUGUUCAUCCUGACAAGCUUAUAUGUAGAGAGGCGUCUGGCGGUGGGUACGAUCUCUGAAACUACAGGAUGGAUUCUCCACAUGUUCAACCUUGUAUGCAUGUUGAUUUUCUCCUCUGCCAUAGUCCUCACUGUGACCUCCAUGACCCCAGUGGGUGGGGUGUUUUCUCUAGGAAUCUACACAGUGCUGUUUCUCAAGCUUUACUCUUAUCAGGACGCCAACAGGUGGUGCAGAGAAAUCAGACAAGCCAAAGCUAAAAGACUAACACGAUCAUAUUCAUGUCCAGAUGUUCAACAAUCAAAUGGCUCAGCAGUUCAUUCUCUUGUCUCCUACCCAGGGAACCUGACACACAGAGACAUGUACUACUUUGUGUUUGCUCCAACUCUUUGCUACCAGCUCAACUUCCCACGAUCUCCACGAAUACGAAAACGGUUCCUGAUAAGAAGGCUUUUUGAAAUGCUUUUUCUUAUGCAGCUGUUGGUGGGAUUAAUACAACAGUGGAUGGUUCCCACUAUUCAAAACUCAAUGAAACCAUUCCGGGAAAUGGACUUUUCUCGGAUGGUGGAGCGAAUGCUCAAAUUAGCUGUCCCUAACCAUCUAAUAUGGUUAAUUUUCUUUUACUGGUUUUUCCACUCUUCUAUGAAUUUUGUGGCAGAGCUGCUGCAGUUUGGAGACAGGGAGUUCUACAGGGACUGGUGGAACUCUGAGACUGUAACGUAUUUCUGGGCUAACUGGAAUAUCCCCGUCCACAAAUGGUGUCUAAGACAUUUCUAUAAGCCAAUGCUGAAAAGAGGGACCAACAAGUUUCUGGCCCAAACUGCUGUCUUCUUAGUUUCUGCCUUCUUCCAUGAGUACCUGGUCAGUGUUCCCCUGAAGAUGUUCAGACUUUGGGCCUUUAUGGGAAUGAUGGCUCAGGUUCCCCUGGCUUGGUUUGUGGGUCGCUACCUGAACGGAAACUAUGGCAAUGCGGCUGUCUGGCUCUCGCUCAUCAUUGGACAGCCCAUCGCUGUGCUGAUGUAUUUUCAUGACUACUAUGUUACUCAUCAUGUAAGCACGAAAUAGAAACGGAAGAAGAAAAAAAAACUGAAAUGAGCCAAAAGGAAAAUGUAAAGCUGGCUCUGCUUUCAUUAUUGCACUUUGAUGAGACAAGAGCGCAACAUGUUCAUUACAGGAAAGUACUUGGUGUUAUUCAAAGUUACGGUACCUUCCGCCUUUGUAAGCCUUCGGACAAACUAAACCUCCCAGAUGCUUUGCCACCAUCUGUGUUUGAUGUCUAUUUCAUCUUUAAUGAUUUGAUCCUGGGCCCAAACGAAAUCUGGACUUUGAUGCCUAUUUAAGGAAAGGAUCCCUUAUUGUUUGAUUUGCUGAAGUGAAGCAAACGAAUUCCAUGAAAUCCACCAAAGAAGCAUUUAUUAAAAGUUGAGUUAAAAUGUAUAUUUUUUAAACAAAACUGGCACACAUCAGGUGCAAUUAAGACAAACCACUGCCAGGCAAACAGAACUAAAUAUUGCCUCUAUGAAAGCCUGAAUGAGAUUUGUGUCUAUGUUGGUGGCAAAGAGGUCACUCUGUGUAUCUCAGCGCCACAAGUCUGGUUUAAUAAAUGGGUUAUUUUUUCCUAGAUUAAGGCUGAACCCUUUCAGAUGUCCUGAUUUUGAAGUUGUCAUAGUAACUAUUUUCUUUACCUGUAUUCCAAAAAUGUUUUUUCUCCUCUUUGUGCAAUAUAGUGUUUUCUAAUAUUCAAAUAAAAAUCAUCUUUAUAACAUUUUAAGGAAGCGAGGAUCCCUUCCCAGAAGGAUCAAAUGGACCAAGGACAGGAAUGAGGAGUCAUGGCUCCAUAAAAAAAGCCCAUGGUGUAUUACCUGAUAUGCAUUGGAAUAUUACAUGUUCUUUGCACAAAAUUUUAAAUGUCAAAUGAUUUCAUGCUUUAAAAAACCUUUCCAUGCUGUUUAUAUUUUUGCUAAAGUGAGAUGUUAUAUCAUUUCAAACCUUUUUUUUUCUUUUAUCUGAGCCAAUGAUGUAUAUCUUUUGCACUUUAAAGAUCUGCAUGCUGUUAACAAAAGCAAUAGAUUUCUAAGAAUGCACUACCCUAAGUUAUAAUUAUUAUGGUUGGAAAAAUUAAUUAGGAUGGAUGUUCCACGAGAUGUUGGAAUGUCCUGAUGUUUUGGCAAAAGCAGCAACUUAAGCAGCUUUUUCACCAAAUAGUUCAUCCGGUAUUAGAUCCUUUUGUUUUUGUAUUUUUGCUUUGAUCAGUGCUGUUAAGCCCCCAACAAAAAAUAAAAAUUUGACUAGUUACAGCAGGGGAAACACCAGUUUAGAAAACCCAUCAGUGUUCCCUAUGAAAAACAAGUGCCUGCGUUUAGUUAACAAGAUCAAGAGCUGUAAUUUCACUGUAUGGUUAGUUUCUGUUUCAGUAAGGUGUUAAAGUGGGGAAAAAAUGCAAUAAUCCUGUUUUAUGAGUAUUUCAGCACAUAGCUGAUGCAUUUCAAUAAUAUCGUGGCUCAAAUUGAUCCAAUUCUCCAUCUAAUGUUUGCCAAAUAUGUGCAGAAAAGUAUAUUCAAAGGAAAAUCAUGGCUGUCUAGCUAGCUAUCUUACCUGAAGUACAAACGGUAAAGGUUAUGGAGGUUUUUUUGGGGGGUGGACUUGAAGUUACCAGAGUUAAUCUUAGUUUAACAAUUUUGUGUUUAUGUUCUCUGAAUUAUUUGAUAGAAAUUUGUAAAAUGAAUGAAUUUACUUACUGAUGGUAUCUCUUUUUUUGUCAUCUUUUAGUUCAAAAUCCUUCUGCUGUCUGAUUAAAAGUGCUUUC